CCAUCCAAACAUAUUACUCUCUCUCUCUCUCUCUCUCUCUCUCUCUCUCUCUCUCUCAGAGUAGGAUGGCGAGGAAAUGCUCUCACUGUGGGAAGAAUGGGCACAACUCAAGGACUUGCAGCAGUUACAGCAGGGGUGUGUAUGUAGGUGGAAGUGGUGGGGUGAGGCUGUUUGGGGUGCAGUUGGAUUUAGAUUUCCCCAUGAAGAAGAGCUUUAGCAUGGAAAGCUUAUCUUCUCCCACUUCUUCUUCUUCAUCUGCUUCUUCCUCCUCUUCUCGUAUUUCUAUUCAUGACUCCGAUAAAAUCUCCAAUGGUUAUCUCUCUGAUGGUCUCCUUGCAAGAACCCAAGACAGGAAGAAGGGGGUCCCAUGGACUGAAGAAGAACAUAGAACAUUCCUGGCGGGCCUCGAGAAGCUUGGCAAGGGUGACUGGAGAGGUAUCUCGAGGAAUUACGUCACAACAAGGACUGCGACCCAAGUUGCCAGUCAUGCCCAAAAAUAUUUCCUAAGACAGACUAGCCUCAACAAGAAGAAGCGUCGAUCCAGCCUCUUCGACAUGGUUGGUAACAACAACACUUCAGUUCCUAUUAUUGAUUCGAAGCCCAAAGAUCCUCUCUCAACUGAAUUUUCUGUUCCAACUCUGUCUUCUUACAGAACAUGCUAUGAAGUUCAUGAAAAUAUCCCUCAGGUCGAUCUUAAUUCAUUCGAACAAGAAACGAAAUUGGGAAACCAACAAACGAAGCAUCUUCAAUUGCCAGGCAAUCUUUAUCAAAUACCCGUUUGGCCAUCCCACGGAUCACCUGGUUCAUAUCCUGAUUUUGUUUCCCAACCAGCUUCUGUCCUAAUGAAGCCCGUUGUUCCUCUCGAACCUCCCAAUCUAGAACUCACGAUUGCGACCCCAAGGCCGUUGGAUCAAAGCCAAACUUCCUCACCGAACUCCCUCCGAAUCGGCAUAAGUGUGAACUGACAAUCCAUCUUAUUGAAGAAACAAAGCUUACAAAUAUUGAAUUGGAAGGAACAUGUGAAAAAUGUAAUCCUUUUAUGCCGAUCGCGUUCUUCGUUCCUGCAAUCAAAUGUUUCAAAAUGUAAUGUGAUUACUUUUAUGGUCAGCUUAAAUUAUGCAAAUUAGUAUAUCUGUUUAUGAUGCAUAAAUAAAAGUGUCAUUCCACA